AUGUUAUCUCGUAGAUUGAAACCUAAUUUGUUAAUUACAGGUACUCCUGGAUGUGGGAAGUCUACUAGUUGUGAACUUCUUCAAAGAAGGUUAUCAGAUUACAAAUAUUAUAAUAUAUCUGAUUUUGCUAAGGAGCAUGAUUGCUAUGAAGGGUAUGAUGAGGAUCGUAAGUCACAUAUUGUUGAUGAGGACAAGUUGCUAGAUGAAUUGGAGCCGUUGUUGCGUGAAGGUGGCAGUAUUGUCGAUUGGCACGUUAAUGAUGUUUUCCCAGAGAGAUUAAUCGAUUUAGUUGUUGUAUUAAGAUGUGAUAAUUCUAUUUUGUACGAUAGAUUGCAUGCCAGAAAGUAUCAUGAUUCUAAAAUCCAGGAGAAUCUAGAUGCUGAGAUUAUGGGUGUUGUUUUGCAAGACGCUCAAGAAUCGUAUGCUGAAGAAAUUGUAGUCGAGUUACAAAGUGACACUACUGAACAAAUGGAAGCAAACGUCGAUAGAAUAGUGGACUGGGUCGAAUUAUGGCUGAAACAACACAAGAAGGGUGUCACUAACGAACUGGAGGAGGGUGUGUCAAGUGAUGAUAACGAAAGUGAUUAA